AUGACAUUCCAUUCGGGUGGAUUGCAUACUGGUCAUUUUAUUAUUAAAUGUGAUCACCGCGCGAUAAGAAGUAUUAUUCGAAAUGAUUUUGUAGAUGAUAUUAUACUUGAUCCAAAAGAAAUUGCACGUGAAUAUAUGAAAACAUGGUUUAUUUUAGAUUUGAUUAGUUCAAUUCCAAUGGAUUAUGUGUUAUUCGCAUUCAAAUCCUAUGAACAAGGUGAACGAGCGGAACAUUUAGUACAAGCAGGUCGUGCAUUAAGAAUUUUACGGUUAGCCAAACUCUUGAGUUUAUUACGGCUCCUACGUCUUUCACGUUUAGUUCGUUAUAUAACACAAUGGGAAGAAUUUAUCAAUAUUGCAAGUAAAUUCAUGGGAAUAUGUAAUCUAGUACUAAUUAUGCUUAUAUUGGGUCAUUGGAAUGCAUGUUUACAAUUUCUUGUACCAAUGCUGAUGGAUUUUCCAGUUGAUAGUUGGGUUAGUAAAGCACGCCUACAAAAUGCUUAUUGGUUUGAACAAUAUACAUGGGCUUUGUUUAAAGCACUAUCACACAUGUUAUCGAUUGGUUAUGGACGUUAUCCUCCAAGUACACUGCCAGAAGCAUGGAUUACUAUUAUAAGUAUGAUGACAGGUGCUACAUGUUAUGCUCUAUUUGUUGGUCAUGCUGCAGCAUUAAUACAAUCUUUCGAUGCAUCUAAACGUAAAUAUCGAGAAAUGUUAAAACAAGUUGAAGAAUAUAUGGCUUAUAAAAAAUAUCCACGAGCAUUAAGACGACGUAUUGCCGGUUAUUAUGAGCAUCGAUAUAAGGGUAAAAUGUUCAAUGAGAAAGAAAUUUUAGCUGAACUAUCAGAAUGUUUAAGAGAACAAAUUAUAAAUUAUAAUUGUCGUGCCUUAGUAGCUUCUGUUCCAAUCUUUGCUAAUGCUGAUCAAAAUUUUGUAUCAGAAGUUAUUGUAAAAUUAAAACAAGAAGUAUUUCAACCCGGUGAUUUAAUUAUACGUGAAGGAACUUAUGGUACAAAAAUGUAUUUUAUUCAAGAGGGCAUAGUGAAUAUUAUUACUAAAGAUGGUAUACUAGCUACACGAUUAUCAGAUGGUUGUUAUUUUGGAGAAAUAUGCUUAUUAACAAAUGCACGACGUGUAGCUAGUGUAGAAGCAGAAACUUAUUGUACACUUUAUUCAUUGGACCAGAAAAAUUUCUACGAUGUUUUAGAAAAUUAUCCAGAAAUGAGAGUAACAUUGGAGAAAGUUGCUGCUGAACGUUUACAAUCCCUUGGUCGUAGGGCAUCAAUUAUUAUACAAGCUUCAAACAAUAAUAAAAUUGAACGAUCAGAUUAUGCACUGAAAAUGGCUGAUGAAGUCAUAAAACAUCAACAUAAUGCAACCAAUUCCACAAUAGAUAAUUGUUCUUCUAAUCAAUCAGAUAAAUUUUUACUGAAAAAUACACAAUCUUUAUCAUCUCCAACCGAUUGUCCUACAGUUGUUGUUUGUUCAGAAGAAACUAAUUUACAAGCUAAACAACUACAACAACAUAUAACAAAUCCCAAUAUUGUUCAAUCAAGUGAUUUGUUCAAUAUUCAUCAUCCCAGUAAAUAUUUUGAUCAACAGAAUAGAUUGAACAUGCAACAACAACAACAACAACAACAACAGCCUAUGAUUACUACAACACAUGUACAUUUAUCAAAUGAAUAUUAAAGUUCAAUUCAGAAAAAAUAUACACACAUAAUUAUUUAUUCCUACAUAUAAAUAUUUAUAUAUAUAUAUAUACACUACAUUUAUAUUUAUAUUAGUUGAAUGAUUCACUCAUCAAUAAUAAAUAUCAUUG